GCGCGAUGGACGUGUGCGAGACCUCCGCAUUAAACUUCUUCGUAAUAUUCCGACUGCAAAAACUUGUUUCCUCUUACAAUGUUGCGAUCUAAAUUGUAAACUAAUAUCUUCGUUAGUGACUAUAAACUUAUCAAUAAAGUGAUUUGGUUAUCUGUGUGUUCUUGUUUUUAUGUGAAACUGCAACGUGUUUGGUUCAACGGAUUACGGAUGAGAAUACCAAACGUUUGCUAAGCCCUCAGACUUUUAAAUAAACUUUGACUGUUAGUGUUAGUGCCAGUGAUAUCUAGUAACAAUGUACACAAACGGACGGACUAUGGGGGGCUUCGCGCCGGUGGUCCGGUGGCUGUUGUUCCUCCUGCUCGGAGUCGGGUGGCAGGUUCGAUCCCAGGCAGUACAAUCUACAGAAGUGGAAAGUUCAUAUAAUUUCUACUACGAACAAUCUUGCUGCACUCCGACGAAUCCCAAAAGUAAAUACCACGUCAGACACAGACGAGAUCAUGUCCGGGAAUUCUCAUGCGGCAACCUCUACUACAGGACAUUCUUCAUGGACUCAAAAAGGGACACCUUAUACGUUGGCGCUAUGGACCGACUGUAUCGGCUGAACAUGAACAACAUCAGCGCAUCCCAUUGCGAACGAGAUUCCAUAAACCUGGAACCGAGUAACGUGGCCCAGUGCGUGUCUAAAGGGAAAUCAGAGCACUUCGACUGCCGCAACCACGUGCGAGUGAUCCAGCCAAUGGGCGACGGCUCACGGCUUUACGUGUGCGGCACCAACGCACACAGCCCCAAGGACUGGGUCUUAUACUCGAACGUGACUCACCUGCCGCGGCACGCGCGGACGCCGGUGCCGGGCAUCGGGAUGGGGGUGGCCAAGUGCCCGUACGACCCCGCGGACAACUCCACGGCGCUGUGGGUGGAGCGCGGGAACCCGGGCGACCUGCCCGCGCUCUACUCCGGCACCAACGCCGAGUUCACGAAGGCCGACACCGUCAUCUUCAGAACCGAUCUGCAUAAUUUGACGACGGGACGACAAGAAUAUGCGUUCAAGAGGACGCUCAAGUAUGACUCCAAAUGGCUCGACAAACCGAACUUCGUGGGCUCCUUCGACGUCGGCGAACACGUGCUGUUCUUCUUCCGCGAGACGGCCGUGGAGUACAUCAACUGCGGCAAGGCCGUGUACUCGCGCGUGGCGCGCGUCUGCAAGCGCGACACCGGCGGCAAGAACAUCCUCAGCCAGAACUGGGCCACUUACCUCAAGGCGCGUCUCAACUGCAGCAUCCCUGGAGAGUUCCCCUUCUACUUCAACGAGAUACAGAGCAUCUACAAAGUCCCCGGCGAUGACAGUCGGUUCUACGGCGUGUUCACGACCGCCUCCACUGGACUCAUGGGCUCCGCUAUCUGCACGUUCACCAUCGGCGACAUCCAGAAGGCCUUCCAGGGCAAAUUCAAGGAGCAGGCUACUUCCAGCUCGGCUUGGCUGCCGGUGAUUAGUAGCAGAGUGCCUGAGCCGAGGCCCGGGACUUGCGUCAAUGAUACUUCGUCGCUGCCGGAUACUGUGCUCAAUUUUAUUAGAUCCCACCCGCUUAUGGACACAGCGGUCGCGCACGAGAACGACAAGCCCAUCUACUACAAGAGAGACCUGUUCUUCACGCGCCUGGUCGUGGACCGCGUGAGGGUGGACAUGAUGGGCCACCAACUUGACUACACGGUCUACUAUGCUGGCACUAAUGAAGGGAAAAUUCACAAGAUAGUGCAAUGGACCCGAAACGGCGAUAGCCAAUCUGCUCUGCUGGAUAUUUUCGACGUGACGCCUGGAGAACCCAUUCAGGCAAUGAGCAUAUCUCGUGCGCAUGGCUCCCUGUACGCUGCAUCUGACCGGCGAAUUCUGCAACUGCGGUUGGCUCUGUGCGCGCGUCGCUACGACGCAUGCGUGCGCUGCGCGCGCGACCCGUACUGUGGCUGGGACCGAGAAGCUUCUGUUUGCAGGGAAUACGCACCUGGAUUGAUUCAAGACGUGGCUAACGAAACGGCGGACAUCUGCGACUCGUCUAUAUCCCGCAAGAGCGUGUCGGCGACCUGGGGCCAGAGCCUGCACCUCGGCAGCUUCAUCAAGAUGCCCGAGGUCCUGCAGCCGAGAGCCAUCACCUGGUACCACUACUCCAGGGAGAAGGGACGUCAUCCGAUCAUUUUCAAUAAACCGGAGAAGUACAUUGAGACCUCUGAGCACGGACUGCUGAUCAUCGCUGUCAGUGAGAGCGAUGCCGGCCGCUACGACUGCUGGCUCGGCGGCUCGCUGCUCUGCUCUUACAACGUCACUGUCGACAUUCACAGAUGCUCUCCCCCGGAGAAGAGUAACGAGUAUCAAAAGAUAUAUUCUAAUUGGUGCCAUGAGUUUGAGAAGUAUAAAACUGCCAUGAAGACAUGGGAGAGGAAACAAGAGCAAUGCGCGAGACUGAACGACUCGAAUCAGAACACACACCCGAAUGAGAUCGUGUGAUAGCUUCUAAACAUCGCCUAUCUCAUGUUCCAAUCUGUGAACUACUACGCGGGCGCCAUCCCGGUGCCCUACGUCUCCGCCGGUCUCAGCCACUUCCUCCUGUCCUGAGCGCGAGUAGGACCCGUAGUGACCACUAGUGACCCUAACAAGUGACUCCCUCUAGCUUUUGUAAGGACAUAUUGAUAUAUUAACCUUAAGGACAGUGCCCGCUCCCAACCGGGAACAUGAGAAGGUGAUUAGACACUCGAAAUUUAUAUGGACAUUUAUCAUUAUUAAAUUAAAUCGAAUGAAUACGCGCGUCGCGCUACGCUUGUUGGAAAUGGAUUGUAAAAAGAUUUAGAGAUCAAAAUUCUCAUUAUUAUAAGUGUGCUUUGUUCGUUGAAUAACAGAAUAGGAAAAUUGUUACAUUACGAAAAUGGAAUUAAUUUUUAUAAUUGCCUAUACGUAUUAAGUAUUAUGCAAUUAUAUUUAUUGACUGCUGCCGUUCAUUGACGUAGUGAAUAAUGAGAGUAUUUAUUAUUAUUUGUGUCCCUAGUUUCCAUGUAUGUACUUAAUGUAGUUCAUUCAAAGCUUAUUUAAUACUAGAUUAUUUGAAGUGGUAACGUGUUAGGUCUGGCUCUUUAUUUUAUUUUGCGGGUUUAUGGCAAACUAUGGAUAGCAAUCUGCGCACGAAGCAAAAUUUAAUUGGCAGCUAUAAAAAGCGAGUAAAAUACGAGUUUAAAAUGGUAUCAUCGAUCGAUACUUAGAACGGCUUGUUACAAGCCGCCCGUGACCGUAAAUAAAAAAUGUCACUGACAGACGCCAAUGCAACACAAAAUGCUAUUCGCUCUAUUUUAUUCCACUCUAUUUUAACCAAACUGCAUCAAGCAUAUUGAAUAGCUUGGCCGUAACGUCUGUUUUAAGUGUGGUAUCGGAAUAAUGUAAUUCACUCGUCUAUGCAACGACUGCUAUUUAAAAAAUCUAUAUUUGUUCGAACUAGAGUUUACAAAAAACUAAAUUCAGCCCGAACGCGAUUUAACAACACUAGCAGUGUUGCAUACUCGAUGGACGGUGCCCAUUGAAUUGCA